GCACGUAGCCCGGCUGUCGUGGCUGCGCCAUCCUUGAAUUUCACCACGUUGAUGCCUUGUCGCUCGAAGACAUUGGCAAACCUCUCCUUCAGCAUUUGUCGAUCUGCCAUCCAGCUCUGUAUUCUUUCCAUCUACUUGAUCAAACAGCCUGGUACGGAGUUCGGCGCAGGCAACGUCUGCAAAAUGUCUGAGCGAGUUGAUCCGCAAGGCUGGGACCGAUUCAGGAACGCCAUUCGCGGUCUCUACAUCGCAAAUGGGCAUAAACUUGAAGGACCCGAUGGUGUCAUUAAGAAAAUGGAAGAGAGACAUGGAUUCAAGGCUACGAAAGCACAAUAUGAGAAGAAAUUCAAGGAAUGGGGCUUUAAGAAGAACCACACAAAGGAAGACUGGAGAAUUGUUGGUUCCAAGGUUGAACAAAGGAAACGGGCAGCAAAAGAAAGCAACGUCUAUCUCGACCAUGAAUUGAUGCCGCGGAAAAAACUUCAGAAGGAGAUAUCUCGCCAGGGGUAUAUGUCAUUCACGGAGCAGUUCAACCAAGCCCAUCUGACACCUCCCCGAACACCUCCCGGAUUUGACAUACGCACCCCGACGGCAAGAUCAGUUUUUAGACUCGUCUUUGAAGAUCUGCCUAUACUUCAAUUUCAAGAAGUAGUACAUCCCUUAGCUGAAGCCGUCAAGUCUUUCGACUCUAGCUUAUCAGCACUUGUGCCACUCUUUGGGGAACGAUUCAAUCAAGGGAAUCUGAGCAAGGCUAGCUUGUCUAUGAUAGACUCUCUUAUCCCUAACUCAGCAUUCAAUCAAGAGCCUUGUGCGACAGAAAUUGCACUAAGAGAAGUCGAGAAACCUAGUUCUCUCCAGUUCUUGAACCUUGCAACUUUCUUGAUCUCAAACAACUUUCCUGGAGAAACCAGCGACGAGAAAUUAUACAAAUGGUUUACUCAGGGUGGCACCGCCGUUGUCAAAACCCUGACCUCUAUGGAGGGAACAACUGCGGAGGCACUCCGUGAAAAGCUGUUUCGGUUUGCAAUAGAGGCUGAAGACGUCCCAACUGUCAAGCUCAUGAUCAAAUCAGGGGUGGAUCCUAACGGGCACGUUUGCAGACAUUUACGAAUUCCGGACAAUAUGAAUCCAUUUCAGUUUGCCUGCAUUAGAGGGAAUACGGAACUGGUCCAUGUAUUGAUCGACGCCGGAUCGGUCAUUGACCAGCCUGGCAGUGGCUGGAAAAGCAGUGGAUUGGUCCUUGCUAUCAUUGGGGAGAACUUCCGAGGAAGAAAAGAUUUCUGGGGAUUACGAAAUUUUCCUCAUCUAGAGAAAUAUUGGGAGGUUCCUGACGACCACUUGGACACUCAGGAAAGGGCAGCUCUCUUUCUCAUCCUCAUUAGAUCCUUAAUGGACGCUGGAGCGGCUAUUAACCCAAAGGUUGAUAAGUCGAACUUGGAGAGCUUGAAUGGGAAGAAGGGAGCAUAUCAGCCUCUUUACCAGAACUCCUUUGGCAUAGCACUGUGUUCAGUCAUGGUGGAAUCGCACUCGCCACUGACAGUCGCCUCUAAAUAUCGGAAUCUGGAGCUCGUUGACUUUUUUCUUCAGAAAGGGGCAGACGUAAACUUUCGGACAAAAAAAGGCACUUCCGCUCUUCAGGAAUGUCUCUAUAGCACGGAGGAACGAGCGAUAGAUUGUUUCAACUCUCCAGUCAUCACACCAAAACCACUAUCCAAACGGAAACCACUAUUUCCCGGUGCAAAAAGUCUAUCGAGGGUCAUCGGCGUGGCUCAAAGUCUCCUAGAUGCAGGAGACGAUGUACACGGAGAGGUUUAUUGGCGUGACAGGUCAGAUAACCGUCACGGUCACACAGGAUUUUGUACGACAACUUUCGAGCUGAGUGUGCUGACAGAAAGUGUUGUGCUUGUUAAGAUGAUGCUGCGCGCCGGGGGUAACAGGACGGCCAGGUAUUCAUUGGACUAUGCCAUCAAGAUAGGCGACUUCGAACUUGUGGCAUUGCUCUUAGAUAUUGGUGCUCCUUUAUCGCCAUACGCUAUCCAGUUGGCCAUGGGCAGAGGCCAGGAGAAGAUCUUUGGGGCUCUACUCAAGGCGCGACCGGAUAUUAGGACACAAAGGAUGGUUUUGGUUGAAGCUAUAGUCCUGGGGGAAAAUGCUAUUAUAAACCAAGUCUUUGAAUGUGGAGUUACCAAAGGCCGAAAACUUCUUCAAGAGCUCCACGGACUGGAGUCGGCUCUCCAAUUUGGACCCAUUGACACCUUGCGCCUCAUCAUUGACAAAUUUUCAAUGUGUGAUGUGUCAAUUUCUCCGUACCUCGGAGGCGCUGUAUUACGGGCAGUCGACAGUGGCUAUGGUCGUAUGCUAGACACCCUUCUAUCUGCUGGUGCGGAUAUCAAUGCCGUUUCCGAUUCUGGACAAACCGCACUGAUGGCUGGAAUUCAAAGGAAAGACCGGAACACGGUUUUGAAGCUCAUCAAUCACAACUCAAUCCUCACUGUCCUCAGCAGGAAAACGAUACUCACGGGGUAUAGUAAAGAGUCCACUGAAAAUUGCGUGUCGCACCACGAGGUCUGUGGCCAUGCACUGAUUAUGGCUAUUAAAUGGGGCGACGACUUGGUGGUUGAGAAACUUCUUAACGCAGGAGCAAGCCUUGACGCUCUAGGCAGAGCCGAUGGCAAAGGGGGGGAGUCUGUAUGCAUUUGCACAACGGCCCUCACUGCUGCCAUCAUGAAAGGAAACUUGCCUUUGGUUGACAAGCUCAUUUUUAUGGGCGCUGCUGUCAACAACCCUUCUGAUUCUGCAUCCAGUUCUGUGACGCCCCUUGCAGCUGCUGUCAAGGAGGGGCACAUUGAUUUGGUAGGCCGUCUUAUUCAGAGCGGAGCAAACCCUUAUGAUUCCAAAGCCUUAGGAGAGGCCACGGCCGAGUUCGGACUGCUUCAAAUCCUUCUUACAGCGCUGGAUAGCUGGGACAUGACUGAUGACAGCAAGGAUGUGGGACACGAGGCGCUGGAUAUAGCGAUGCGAAGGCAAGACCAGAUAACUAUCGUGUCUCUCCUUGAUGCCCUUCUAAAGUACAAUAAACGGACCGAUCGGAUAUUGUCAACGGCGUUACUAGGAGCUCUCAAACACGAUACUGCCGCCAACUACCCGAUUGUCAGCAUGGUUCUUGGCCAUGGUGCUGACCCGAACACGGUCUUCGAAAUGGAUAAAGAUUUGGAAAAAUAUCCGGGAUACUUCCGUUACCUCAGGGCCGCCCUGUGUGUGGCAAUAUACAAGAAUCCGGACAAAGUUAGAGUACUGUUGGCAGCAGGUGCCGAUGCAGAUAAAAAUCUGACGAGUGGUAUGUAUGAUUCCCCGAUGCAGUUUGCUGUGUCUAGGAAAAGCCUUAAUACAGUGCGCAUACUUCUCGAGAAUGGAUCGAAUGCAAAUACAGUUGCCCUCCCUCAGAGCAAUGAAAGAAGCUGCAACGAUGAACCGCAACGCGAGAACGGAACACCACUUCAGAUUGCAGUGAGUAAUCAAGAUACGGCAGCAAUCAGGCUUCUUCUAGAAUACAAGGCAACCGCAAAUGCCAUCCAUGGCAACAUGCUUCACACACCUCUGCAGAUGGCUAGCAGAGAUGGAGGCAAAGAGAUUGUGGAACUUCUCCUUGAGCACGGAGCCGACGUGAACGCGCCGCCAACCAAAGAAUUCGGCGCAACCGCACUACAGUUCGCUGCCAUUAAAGGUCUCCUCGGGAUUGCCUAUCUGCUGCUGCAGUACGGCGCCGAUGUGAAUGCUCCCGCUGCUGAAAUUGGUGGAAGGACAGCUUUGGAAGGAGCGGCUGAGCAUGGAAGGAUUGACAUGGUGCAAUUGCUCCUCAAUUCCAGAGCGAAUAUAUUUGAAGAUGGACAGGAACAGUACGAAAAUGCUGUGAGAAGAGCAUCAGAGAAUGGGCACCAUGCAGUUAGGAGACUUCUCGAAUCGUAUCAUGGGUAGCAGGGAUGAUUAACAAGCAAGGUAGAAUUAUUGUGGAAUUUCAUUUGAGCUUGCAGGUAAAUAUUGGAUUGGAGUUGGUUAUUGAACUUUCAAUGCUCUUCACAUAAUCCCCAGGUGACAAUAGCGGUGAAAUGGAAGCUUUUCAGCCGAUACCCAGAUUGUGGACUGGAUGUAGUAACAAUCAAGAUCUGAGCUGCUACCCCCUGAAUCAAGCCCGCCACAUCUUCUCUCC